AUGUCGGCCUCAAGGAUCAGCUCGUCAUGGCCAUUGUUUGCUUUUAUGCUGCUCACUGUCUUGUCCUCACAGGCACGCGCCCUCCAUCUGUAUAUGGAAGGCAGGCAAGAGAAGUGUUUCUUCGAGGAAUUGCCAAAGGACACUCUCGUAGUGGGAACCUACAACGCCGACAUCCUCGACACAAACACCAACACUUGGGUUAAAGACCCAUCUCUGCAGGUGGUGAUUACGGUAGUGGAAACCUUCGACAACGACCACCGUGUGGUGAACCAACGUACUAAGAGCGACGGCCGAUUCACCUUCACCGCGGCCGAUGCCGGUCAGCACAAGAUCUGCUUCACUCCAGAUUCGCAAAACGGCGGCUGGUUGUCCAGCAAUCCCACCGUCAAACUAGGCUUGGACAUUGCUAUUGGUGCGACCAGCAAGAUUGAGACUGAGGACUCGGGCAAGAUGGCGGAUAUUGUGCAGAGAGUGAAGGAUCUCAACAGCCGUCUCGAGGACAUCCGACGUGAGCAGGUGUUCCAGCGGGAGCGCGAAGCCGAGUUCCGUGACCAGUCCGAAGCCACCAACUCUCGUGUUGUGCGUUGGACAUUGAUGCAAUUGGCCGUUCUUUCAGUCACCUGUGCAUGGCAAUUGUCGCAUCUCCGUUCUUUCUUCAUCAAACAAAAGCUGACAUGA